GGUGGAGGGUAAACUGUACUGAAUUAAGCUUCAGUGCCUUUUUAUAUGCAUUAUAUAAUUGAAAGCUUUUGCCUCACAUAAAUCUUGAUGACAUAAAUCCACAUAUACUAAGUGACAGGGGAAAAUGAAGUCUUUGAAAGAAAAAAAAAAUCACAAAAAGAGAUUUUUUUUUUCUUUUAGCUGUCUGGCUAAAUUAUUAUCUAUUUGUGGUCGUCUGACCUUGACGACGUAAAAGGUUGGACAUAACUGGAUCGAGUUUAUGUUUAAGUGAAGCAGACUGGAGUGAAGCCACACUGCUGCAGCAGAGCCAACAGUGUGGACUUCCCACUCCCAGGAGGGAGCUGCUUUCAUGAACGCUGGCCUCUUUUCCUCUUUUACUGCCAUGGCUCGAGGUUAAAGACGGGACUUUAUCUGUCAGUUUGAUUUAGACUCGUUCCGAAUGGUGCAUCACACUGUUCCUGCGCGCACAAACGUCCCCAACGGAUUUUUACGCACACAUCACUGGAGAAAAGCAACAGGAAAACUCUCUAUGUUGGACCUUCUCUCGUCUUAAAACAGAAAGCAGCAGGUGUUAAAACUCCCAGCUCUGUAAUCAUUUCUAAUUCUAAGGUAAUUAUUACUCCUGGAGACACUGUGCACGUGCUAUGCCAAAAUGUUUCCGCAGUUUCCCUGGCGGCGCGCCUCCGCUUCGGUUUCCAGGCCAGGACCGUGGACUGUUUGCCUGCAUUGUAACAGAGGAAAGUAACCUGUGAAAGGGAAAGUCGUCUCAUUAGCGAAGGUCACUUGCGCUCAUCUGCGUGUCAUCUUCUAGAAGAAGCAAGCAAAGGGACGGUGAUAAGAAGUCCCGCGGGGAAACCUUUUUAGUGGAAACACAUUCUGGCACGACAUCGAGGUGUGAUGGCGCAUCGGAUCCGCACCCUGCUGCUGCUGUUGCACGUGGUUGCUCUGCUGAUACCGGGUUGGUCGGCCAGGGCGGGUCGGGUACGAAAGAAGGCCACCAGGACUCGUUCUUGCCUGGACCUGCCAGAGGAGAUCCUGGAGCAGAUGUUCGGUCGUCUCUCUGUGGGAGUGAUGAGCGCUUUCCACCACGCCCUGCAACUGGAACCGCAGGACAAACUCAACCUGACCUGUCCGGUCAACGCGCGGGCCCUGACCGACAGGAAGACCCGUCUCCCGGUCAACCUGCUCAGCAUCUCCCCCUGGGCCUAUAGGAUGUCCUACGACCCGAGCAGGUAUCCCCGCUACAUCCCCGAGGCUUACUGCCUGUGUAAGGGCUGUCUGACGGGAGCGCACGGUGAGGAAAGCGAGCGGCACCGCAGCACUCCCGUCUACGCUCCCUCCGUCAUCCUGAAGAGAAAGGGCUCCUGCGUCGGCGGCCGCCACUCGUACACCGAGAUCUACGUCUCCAUCGCCGUGGGCUGCACCUGUGUGCCGCUGCUGGAGAAGGAGCGGGGCGGCCACAGCGACAACCAGAGCCUGGAGAGAGCAGCGCCCAAAGCCGGGCCGCUUCCUGCGGGCAAGAAAGUCUGAAGGGAGCAGGCACUAUCUGUGGCAGCCCAGAUGAGGACCUCGACAUCCAGGUCUACUUUUUGUUGGUUGUCGCAUUUCCCCGUUGACACUUUCAACAAUUUAAAUGAAUUUUACUGGUGUAAGUAGAAGCCGUUGAACUGUCGCUAUACAAGUAGCCCAAUUACACACGUUUAAAGGGCAUUCUGUAUUUUGUCAACUCAAUUUUAAUGUUUAGUGCAAGGGCUCACCACCUGAAAGUACGAAACUUUUUGGGGUGAAAAUAUAUGUAUCUAACGCAUUAAAAGUUAUAAA